AUGGCCUCGUCGCGCAGCCCCUGGACGGGCACACUAGCACGCGGUGACGUGGGAGUGGUCGACGAGUCUGCUGGCUGCCCAAAGCGCAAUGGAUGUAGCGACCGAUUCGCCCGCCAUCGAGCGACGGGGGGCGUGAGUGGCAGGUGCGAGUGCGGCGCCGGGGGGCAGCAGAGGGUCAGUUCCGGCAGGAAAACAGACAGGCACGACGAGGCGGCGGUAAUAACAAAGAUGAUUGAAAUUGACGGGCGAGAUGAAGGCAGUAGCAGCGGCGUCGCGACAGCCUCGCCCUCCCACGCAGCAGCAGCAGGAGCAGCAGUGCAGCGCAGCGCAGCUCUGCGGCAGGAACGACCGCGCAGCCAACAAAACUGGGCACGGCAGGAGGUUGUCCAAGGGAGAGAACGUGCGCGCGUGCAGGAGAAACGCCGCGCUAAAGUGGCUGAAAGCUUCCCGCUGCACUGGACGGGCGCAUUAGAGUUGGCUGCUAAAAACAGGCCGGGAAUCGACUCGACACCGGCCACGUCUGACUUUGCGUCUGUUUCCGCGCGACGGCGACAGCAGCGACGCAGAAACCUCACUCGCGCGCGUCGGGGUCGCGUCGACGUCUGA